UUUUUCCCUCUCUCUCUUUCUUCACUCCUUUUUCUUUCCAAACAGGGAAAAGUGUUCCACGAAGCGGUAGCGCCUCGCCGCCUCGCCUUUGCCUCCCUGACCCUGCUGCGGGCUUCCGUCCCGGCGCGGGCUGCUGGGGCGAGCGCUGGAAGUGCCUCUGCGCCCCGGAGCGCAGGGCGCGGGGACCCGGGCGCGGGGCUGCCUCCCGCGGCCGCACAUGGCUGCGGCCACCCUGCGCGCACCCCAACGCGACGCGCCCUGCUCGCCCAAGGUCCGUCCGCUGCGCCCCGCCGCCCGGGAGCCAGGCAGCAGCUGAGCGGGGACGGGCCCGCGCCCGGGGACCGGGAUGUCCCCCCUCCUCCUCUUACUAGUUUCCUACUAUGUUGGAACCCUGGGGACUCACACUGAAAUCAAGAGAGUGGCAGAGGAGAAGGUCACUCUGCCCUGUCACCAUCAACUGGGGCUCCCAGAAAAAGACACUCUGGAUAUUGAAUGGCUGCUCACCGAUAAUGAAGGGAAUCAAAAAGUGGUGAUCACUUACUCCAGUCAUCAUGUCUACAAUAACUUGACUGAGGAACAGAAGGGCCGAGUAGCCUUUGCUUCCAAUUUCCUGGCAGGAGAUGCCUCUCUGCAGAUUGAGCCGCUGAAGCCCAGUGACGAGGGCCGGUACACCUGUAAGGUGAAGAAUUCAGGGCGGUAUGUGUGGAGCCAUGUCAUCUUAAAAGUCUUAGUGAGACCGUCCAAGCCCAAGUGUGAACUGGAAGGAGCACUGACAGAAGGAAGUGACCUGACUUUACAGUGCGAGUCAUCCUCUGGCACAAAGCCCAUUGUAUAUUACUGGCAGCGAAUCCGGGAGAAAGAGGGAGAGGAUGAACAUCUGCCUCCCAAAUCUAGAAUUGAUUACAACAACCCUGGACGAGUUCUGUUGCAGAAUCUCACAAUGUCCUCUUCUGGACUCUACCAGUGCACAGCAGGCAAUGAGGCUGGGAAGGAAAGUUGUGUGGUUCGAGUGACUGUGCAGUAUGUACAAAGCAUCGGUAUGGUUGCAGGAGCAGUGACAGGCAUAGUAGCUGGAGCUCUGCUCAUUUUCCUCUUGGUGUGGCUGCUAAUCCGAAGGAAAGAUAAAAAGAGAUAUGAGGAAGAAGAAAGACCUAAUGAAAUUCGAGAAGAUGCUGAAGCCCCCAAAGCCCGCCUUGUGAAACCCAGCUCCUCUUCCUCAGGCUCUCGGAGCUCACGCUCUGGUUCUUCCUCUACUCGCUCCACAGCAAAUAGUGCCUCACGCAGCCAGCGGACACUGUCGACUGAUGCAGCACCCCAGCCAGGACUGGUCACCCAGGCAUAUGGUCUAGUGGGGCCAGACACAAAAAGUUCUGAACCAAAGAAAGUCCACCAUGCUACUCUGACCAAAGCAGAAACUGCAACGAGCAUGAUCCCCAGCCAGAGCAGAGCCUUCCAAACUGUCUAAAUUAAAGUCGACGUGACUCCCAGGCUUUCCUAGAUUCAGGUCUUAGGACUCUACUAGUCACUGGAGCUCAGUCACCAGCCACAUAACCCCUUUGAACCAGAUUAAGAGGUCGUUUAAGUAGCAGUGAGCAUUGUGUGGAACAGACUGAGAUGAGUACUUCCCUUAAGUGACACCAGAGAACCAAAAGGAUGCAAGUUGAUCAUCUCCCCAAAGGCACUCAUUAUGCCUUUAGACCACAGUGGGGGAAAACAGGUGUCCAAAUUUGUGUAUUUUUGACCAGGACCCAUGAUGUAUAGGUGAGGUAAACACACCAAAACUUCUCACCAGGGAUAUUUUCUAUCAAUGCUUUGAUUCACCACUGUCCAAAAGAAUUGGGAUAUUGUUUGUAAGUUUUCUAUGCAUUUAUAAAAUCUACUGGAUUACUGUUAAUUACUCAGAUACUCAAGCAGAACCCACAGCCUUAUAUCACACCUAUCUUCACCAUGUACUGGGCUAACCACCUCUAAGAACUCCACAAAGGAAACACAUCUCUUCUAUCAACUUGCCUGCAUUUGUCCUAAGGUUUCAAGGAGUUUAAAGAGUGGGAGAUGGAGAUUGACUUUCUUCUACUCUAUCUACUGCUCAUCUCCCUAGUUACACUGAAACCUAAAUUACAUCAAAAAGGGAGUCCAGGAUGUGACAAGUGACAAUGAAAAGCUUUCCAUCACAGGGAAAUGCUGACAAACACCAGAAAUAUACGUUGGAACAAUUGUGGAUUUUUUCUCAAAUCAGAUGCCCUGAGGGCUUCUCUGCUGGAUAUCUCAAGAGAAAGAAAAAUUUCACUACAUCAUUUAAUCAUGUCCUUAGAAAGAAGUCUUCUAGAUAAAAAGAGAUCUAGGAAGGCUGAAAGACCACCUGAUAUACCACUAUAAUUUCUUACUUCUGAGAACAUGUGAAACCAGAAUUUCAAGACUAACUAGAGAAAAAGAUUUGAUUAGUUUCCUCUGAAUAUGUUAGGGAGAGAUAAGGAAGUUUAGUAUUGCACCAUACAUGUAGCUUCCUCCAUUUUUUUCACUUCAGAAGGAUGUGAACCUGGGACUUUUUAAUGAUCCUAAGUCUUAAAAUAUCAAAAAGAUCAGAAGCUGCUAACAUUUCCUAAUGACACUCCAAGUAUAUGCUAAUAUCAUUUCCUCCUGGGAGAUUGAAGCAGGGAAAUUCAGUGUUGUCCCAGCCUUAGCCUCUAAGGAAAUGCAUCUCUGAGCUGAAAAGAAAGGGAACUAACAAUUAGGGAAGCGAUGAUGAAAGUAACUAAUGUCAGAAGGUAGGGCGAAUGCCUAUUAACAUCUUAGCUGUUGGCAUUUAGCAAAGAAUUGGCAGAAAGAGGGAUGGGCACUGAGGCACAGUGCAUUAAGCUUCCACCUGCAAUGCUUGCAUCCCCUUUGAGCACCUGUUAAAGAGUCUUGCUGCUUCUAUUCCAAUCCAGCUACCUGCUAAUGUGCCUAGGAAGGCAGCAGCAGAUGGCUGAAGUACUUGGGCCCCUGUUACCCACACAGGAGACCCAGAUAGAACACUGGGCUCCUGGCUUCAGCCUGGCCCUGCCCUGGCUGUUGCAGCUAUCUGGGGAGUGAACCAGCAGAUGGAAGAUCAAGCUCUCUUUCUCUGUCGCUCUGCCUUUCAAAUAAAUAAAAUAUUAAAAAUAAUAAAGUCUAGAAUUGGCAGAAAGGAUUCACCAGGAUAGUUAUUGGAAGUGGAUGCACAGGAGCAGAAAGGUGUCUGAGAAACCAGCUGUCUCCAAUACAGUGUCUUCCUUUUUUUUUUUUUUUAAAGAUCCAUUUUAUUUAAUUGAAAGGCAGUGUUAUAGAGGAGAGAGCAAGCUUUUAUCUUCUGGUUCACUCCCCAAAUGGCUGCAACGUCCGGAGCUAAGCUGGUCUGAAGCCAGGAGUUUCUUCCAGGUCUCCCACAUGGGUACAGGAGCCCAAGGACUUAGGCCAUCCUCUGCUGCUUUCCCAGAGUAUUAGCAGGGAGCAGGAUUGGAAGUGGAGCAGCUGGGACUUGAACCAGCAUCCAUAUGGGAUGCAGGCACUGCAGGCAGUGGCUUUAUCUGCUAUGCCACAGAGCCAGCCUCGUCAUCCCUUUUUAAUGGAUUUGACUACUAAGACACAAAGCACAAACGCUGAACCUGAAAUUGCCCAUCAAGGAACCCAGCACAAGUGUCAACUGAUCACCACUGGUAGAACAGAGUAUUUCUUCUUAUCCAAAGGGCUAAAGGAAAGAAAAGUAAUACUGGAUAUGGUGAUGAAAGCAUUGUUUCCCAAAGAGAAAUCAGAUGCUUAAAGGAAAAAGGCUGACCUGGGAUUCUGCCCCAUUUCUUUGGUUUUUCAUUCCUACAUUUAACUCUCACAACAGAGUCCUUACAAUGUACAAGUCCACCUCCUUCUAAAGUCCUGAGGAAUUUAUCUUUGGGUGAACAUUUUAACUUGAGUUUUAUCUUCUCUAAAAAUGGUGGGAAAUGAGACACUGAGGAAGUAACAUAAAGAACUUCUGCUACCAGUUCAAGAGUACUGGCGUAUUUGGAAUGCUUCUAACACUAACUCAUUGUAAGAGAUAAAACCCCUUAUUCUGGCUAUAUUUUUAUUCUUCUGGUAGUGUGGUAUCCAGGCAACAUAUCUCUCCUGCUUUAUGAUUCUGAGAAUUCUCAUUUCUAGAGUACCUGAGCCAAACAAGUACACUAUGGAGGCUGCAGCUCUAUCAUCACUAGUAAUUUGCUCUUGUGUUAGAACCUUUGAACCUAAAGUGGCCUGCCUAAGCCUUUGAAAGCAGGAAUAAAUCGUGCAUGAAACAGAGAUUUAGUUUGAACAUAUUAAUUAUCAGAAGACUAAAAUACCAGUUGAAUAUCCAAAUUAUUUUGGAAAUCUAUUGACAGUGGAAACCUACAACAAAUACCUAAAACAGAUUACACUAAGAGCCUGGAAAAUUCUAAGGAACUGAAGAUUCUUAGAGGUAAGGUGCUGAAGUCUUAGCAAUGAUACUGCACUUCUCAAGUCAGACAUCUGGGUUUAGAGAAUACAGGCUCUAGGCUUACAAUAAAGUUAGAGCCAUACUGGUUCCACCACAUUCCAUUUACUCUGCAAGUAAAAUUUAAUAUGAAACAAACGCAAUGUAGGAAAAAGAAGUAGAUGGAAUGGCAUAGAUGUUUAGACAGUAACCAUUUCAAUAAAAUACAUUCACCAAAAAAAAUCUGUAAAAUAAAGAGGUUAAAGACAUUGUUCCUAUAUUGUAUAAACACAAUUUCAAAACUGUUCCAAAACGACAUAUACAAUUUUGCUUCGUUUCUGGUGUUCAACUGUUUAUAUUUCAACUUCUAAACUGCUUUGUAAUUGGGACUGUGUUUAAGCAUCACAAAAACCAACUAUUUAUUAUAGAUGCAUCUGUAUCAGCAAUUUAAGAAAAAAUAAAUAAGAUGAUACUGUA